AUGAAGAUAAAAACAAUAAGCAAGUAUUAAUUCAAUGAAAAUGAAAUUUUAGGCUAAGGUAGUCUUGGUAAAGUAUACAAAGCAAAUUUAGUGGAAGAAGUAAAUGGCGAAAAAAAAGUAGUUAAAUAAAAUCAGUUAUUUGCAAUAAAAAUGCUAUAAUUGAAUGUGUUUAAAUAAUAUAAUAUUUCAGAUCCAUUAGAAAGAAUAAUGCAAGAAAUUGAAUUGCAAAAAGAUUUAGAUCACCCACAUAUUACAAAAUAUGUAGAUGCAGUUAAAACUGAGUAAAAUGUUUAUAUUGUAACUGAAUUCUGCAAUGGUGGUAAUCUAGAACAAUAUAUUUACAAUAACAGGCCUAAAGAAUAAAGAGUGCUUUUUCUUUUUUCAUAAAUAAUUAGCGGAUUUAAAUAUUUAAUGACUGAAAAAAAUAUAAUUCACAGAGACAUAAAACCUUCAAAUAUUCUAAUUCAUGAUGAUAUACCUAAAAUUUGUGAUUUUAGUAUCUCUAGAAAGUCAAAUAUUCUUAAUGACACAUAUAAAACUAUAACUGGAACUCCACUUUUUUCAUCACCUCAAAUUCUCAAAGGAAAAGAAUAUACUUCUAAAUCAGAAGUUUGGAGCUUGGGAGUAACACUGUAUUUUAUGUUAUUUUUUAAGCUAAAAGAUGAAUCAAUUUAAGAAUAUGAUAGUCAUAAUAUCUGCAAUACUUCUUAUCCUUGGUUUGCUAAUACUAAUAAAUUAUUGAAGAUAGCAAUCAAGGAAUAGUAAAAAGUAAGAUUUCCAGAAGAUGUUGAAGUUAGCGAAUAAGUCAAAUAGCUAAUUGCAAGAAUGCUAGUUUAUGAUGAAAAAAAUAGAAUAAGUACAGAUGAAUUAUUUAAUCAUGAAUUAUUCGUUAAAUAUGAUUAAAAUUUAAAGCAGGCUAAAAUUAACAACAUGCUUACUGAUUCUUUUCAUUAAUUUAACGAAUCCUAAUUACCUGAGUGCGAAUUAGUAAAUAAAGUUUAAGAAAAUAUAGAUUCUUAAGUUGGUAUCAUUGAGUUUAUGAUAUAAAUAUUAGAUUAUUAAAAGGCCUUAAAAGAUUAUUGUGAAGAGUUUUAUGGACAUAAAAAGCUAUUACCUUCUCUCUUAUAAUCAGUAUUAUGUGUAAAGAUAUAAAAAAGACUAGAGAAUUUUAAAAGCUAUCUAGCAGGGAAGGAGGAAGUAUCAAAGAGAGGAGUUUUUUUAUACAAAUAAAAAAAUUCUUUAGAAUUUAAUUCAAUAAAUAAAAAAGUAGAUUAUAUGAUUGACGUGUAUGAAAAAAACGUUUAAAAUAUUUAAAAAUGCUUAAAAACGCUUGAAAAAUCACAUUCUAAGUUUAGUGAAUCUUCUCCCAACUAAAGCUUAAAUGAUAUGAUACAAAAUACAAUGUAUCAGUCUUAAUUUAUUUAAGACAAUAUCAAACAGCUAUUUUUAGGGAUGAAAGAAAUUCAUUUUCAUCUACUUUAAUAAGCAACUCUAAACAAACAAUAGUUAUUUUAUUUAGAAUAUUUAGACGAUCUAAUUUCAUUUCAUACAAUUGACUAAACUGCAGACUCCUCUUCUUACAGAAUAAAAUCUUCUAAUAUAUAAAAAUUACUCUAAAACUCUUUAUCUAAAUAAAUUGCUUCACCUUAAUCUUUUUAUUCUAGAAUAGUUGUAGGAUUUAGUAAUUUAUUUUCAUAAAAUUGA